AUGGUUAGGGACAUUGGAAUUCUGGGAUCUUCCUCAGGAUCGGACAUGGCUGCGAUUGCGGCCUUUCAUCCUCUUGGCUCCAUCAUCGGAGCAGGGAGCCUCUGGCUCCAAUGGACCCCAGGACUGCCACCAGGAUGCUACCUCCCAAUGAUCAGGUUUUGGUUAGCUGAAUUAUUCUUAGCAGUGAGAUACCUUCCAACUGAGAAAAAUGGUCAAAAUGACACUGACAGUCUGCUGGGCAAGCUGGAAGUUAGUGGCCAUGAUACCUAUGAAGCCAAUAUUGAAAUUCCAACCAGCAGUUCCUCCAAGAAUAUUCCUCCUAGAAAAAGAUCAAAACCAGUUUCCAAAAUACACCCCACUGCAAACAAGGCUCAACACUACCAGAUUGCCAUUACCAUUACUGAGGCACGACAGCUGGCUGGGGAAGAUAUUGACCCAACAGUAAUAAUUGAAUUCGGGGAUGAAAAAAAGCAAACAACAGUGAAAGAGGCAACAAAUUCUCCUUUUUACAAUGAGUACUUUUUGUUUGAUUACAUUGGUCCGACAGAAAUAUUGUUUGACAGAAUCAUUAAACUUUCAGUUUUGCAUUCCAAGCUGAUCCGUGGAACGCUGAUAGGAGCAUUUAAACUGGAUGUGGGAACAGUUCACAAUGAACCAGGCCGUCAGUUCUGUAACAAGUGGGCACCUCUUACUGAUCCCAGUGAUAUCAGAACUGGAGUGAAAGGCUACCUUAAAUGUGACAUUUCAGUCAUUGGGAAAGGAGAUAACAUGCAACCUCCUCAGAAAACCAGUGAAAGCGCUGAGGAAGAAAUUGAAAAGAAUCUACUUAUUCCGACUGGGUUUCCAACAGAGAGACCAUGGGCAAGAUUUUUUGUCAAAAUUUACAAAGCUCAGGGACUGCCAAAGAUGAAUUCUAGCCUCAUGGCAAAUGUAACAAAGGCGUUCAUGGGAGACAACAAGGAUUUUGUGGAUCCAUAUGUCAUCGUCACCUUUUCUGGUCAAAGGGGCCGAACAUCCGUGCAGAAAAGCUGUGCUGAGCCUGUCUGGAAUGAACAGAUCAUCUUCAAAGAAAUGUUUCCGCCACUUUGCCGGCGAGUCAAAAUUCAAGUGUGGGAUGAAAGGAAUGUCAAUGAUGUUGCCAUCGGAACCCAUUACAUUGACUUGAAGAAAAUAUCGAAUGAACAGGAUGGAGAUAAAGGAUUUUUGCCAACUUUUGGACCAGCGUGGAUCAAUUUGUAUGGCUCAACCCGCAAUUAUACCCUAAUGGAUGAUAAUCAGGAGCUCAAUGAGGGUUUUGGAGAAGGUGUAUCGUUCAGGGGUCGCCUUCUGAUUGAAAUUGCAGUGGAGAUUCUGUCGGCGGGUGCAGCUGAUUCCAAAUUUCCUGAGCUAGCGAAAGAAUUGAAGAUUGUGUCUAAAGACCCCAAAUCUGGAAAAGACCAGAAGAUGUCGCUCACACCUGAGGAAUCCAAAUGCCCUAACUUUUCGGAUAAGACAAACUCGACUGAAGUUGAAGUGGAACCAAUAGAGCUAUCUUCUUGGACUGAUGAAGAAACUGUCCAAGAUUUUCUCCUGUUUGGUACAUUUUUUGAGGCGACGAUGAUCGACAGGAAGGUUGGUGAAAAGCCGAUCAGCUUUGAGGUAUCUUUAGGGAAUUACGGAAAUGUUAUAGAUGGAGAUUCUCCAACCUCCACAUUCAAAAGGCGACCACCAGAAGUGAAUGAGGGAGAAUCUGUAGCUCUGUUGCAUGGCAGUGGAUUGGAUCAAACAUCUGAGUUCGACAAGUCAACCACCACUCCUGAGAAACCACUGCUAACUGACGGAAAUAGAAGUUACUACUAUUUGCCAUUUAAUAACAAGAAGCCAUGCAUCUACAUCAGGAGUUACUGGGAGGACCAAAUCUUCCGGUUGCACAGUUCUAACUACCUGGACAAAAUUGCUGACAGGCUUGAAGAAGGGUUGGAAGAAAUCAAAGAAUACAUGAAAGUUUCUGACUCUAGAAUGGAUAAGAAGAUGAGAGAUGUUCUCCAAGAAUUUAUAGCCAGUUGCAGAUAUUUUUCCACCUUUGCUGAAAAGAAAAUGGAAGAAGUUGACCAGACUGCACUUGAUAAGAAGCGAUUGAUCACAUGCAGGGUGGAACUGGAACUAAUGUCCAAUGACGCCAGGAUAAUGCUUCAGGAAAAGAAGAAAAUGUCAGUGAAUGAGCAGCUGCGUGAAAUUCAGAGCUGGAUCCAAAAGUUACAAUUUCUUGUUGAUGAGCCACAGCAUACAAUCCCAGAUGUGUUCAUUUGGAUGCUCAGUGGCAACAAGAGAGUGGCAUACGUGCGGAUUCCAGCCAAAGACAUCCUGCAUUCUGAGAAAGAGGACGAGAAAGGAAAAAACUGCAGGAAGAUUCAGUCACUGUUUCUUAAACUGCCAGGAAAGCACAUUAUGGGAUGGACUGUACAAGCAAAAGUGGAUAUUUACCUAUGGUUGGGUCCAACCAGACAUGCAGACACUAUUUUGGAAAACUUACCCUAUGGAUUUGAACCGGAGAUCCUGACAAAAAGCAUUGGGAAUCAGAUUUCUCCACCUCUCAGUAUUCUUUAUAAAGAGCACCAUAUGUUUCAGCUAAGAUGCCACAUGUACCAGGCAAGAGGCCUUCUGGCUGCUGACAGUAGUGGUCUUUCAGAUCCCUUUGCUAAAGUGACAUUCGUUUCACAUUGUCAGACUACUAAGGUUAUUACUCAGACUUUAUCCCCAACAUGGAACCAAAUGCUUCUGUGCAAUAAUAUUCACCUUUACGGUGAAGCAAUGGAGAUAAGUGAGGCUCCCCCACUUGUGGUUAUUGAAGUGUAUGAUGAAGAUGUUGUUGGUAAAGCAGAAUACAUUGGUAGCACUGUGGCUCUUCCCGUUGUGAGGCUGAUUGGGCAGGAUUAUAGCGCCCCUGAGCUUCAACAUCACCCAAUGUAUUGUGGUGGCAUACCUGCCGGUGAGCUCCUUGUAGCCUUUGAACUCCUGCAGAUUCCUGAUUCAGGGGUUGAAGACCUUCCACCUAUUGAUGAACCAGAUGGAAAUCAGAUCUUACCAGUGCCAGUCAACAUCCGUCCUGUGCUAAGCAACUACAGAGUGGAGGUGUUUUUUUGGGGCCUCCGUGAGCUCAAACGUGUGCAGCUCCUCACUGUGGAUCGACCGCAGGUUUUCAUUGAAUAUGCAGGGAAGGGCAUCAAAUCUUCUGUCAUCCAGAGUUACAAGAAAAAUCCAAACUUUACAGUUCAAGGAGACUGGUUCAUAGUAGAAUUACCUGAGCAUGAACACCUACACCCAUCACUUUGUAUCUCUGUUGUCGACUGGAGAGCAUUCGGUCGCAGCACUCUUGUUGGAACACACACCAUCAACUCGCUGAAGCAGUACAUGCACAAACCUCCUGAACGUUGUCGAUCAGCAGUUAGAAGGACAAGGGACACGACUGAGAUCUGCCAGCAAAGCCAAUUGGCUGGCAGCUUUGUAGUCCCAGCAGUGCCAGGUUCGGUGCUGGGGCUACAGCCAGUGUUCGAAGAAGAGGAAGUUAUGGAAGUUGGACUUCAGGUAUCAGCUGGGCCUGGCUGGCAGACCCCAAUGAGGCGGAAGAGGAGAUUGUCACAGAAGUUUACUUCAAGAAGGAAACAUUCUGUCUUUCCUGAUGGUGACAAUGUUGUAGACUGGUGGUCAAAGUACUAUGCUUCUGUGGAAAAAGCCCAAAAUGCAAAACUGAAAGCUAUAAGUGCCAAUCUGCAGGCUGAAGGAUAUGGAAAUGUGCUGGAUGUACGUGGCACAACCCUCACUUUAGACGGUGAAGACGAUGAGAAGAAAAAGAGAAUUCGAAUUGUCGAAAAGGCAAAAAUGCAAAAGUCUGGGUUAACAACUCUGGAGGUCUACGAUAGAGAAUUAGAAGAUGAAUUUGAACACUUCAGUGACUGGGUGCAAACAUUUGAUCUCUUUCAUGGUAAAGCAUGUGAAGAUGACACCAGUGUAAACGAUGAAAGAAUUGCUGGAAAAUUUAAGGGUUCAUUCCGGAUGUGGAAAUGUGAUGAUGACUAUGAUAUGGAUGAACAAUGCAAAAUUUUGCACGGAAUGCCAUCAAACACGCCUGUCAAAGUUUUAAUCAGAGUCUAUAUUGUAGAAGCAGCUAAUCUACACCCCGCUGAUCCUGAUGGAAAGGCUGAUCCUUACAUCGUUCUGCAGCUUGGAAAGACUGAGAUUAAGGAUCGUGACAAUUAUAUCCCUAAACAGCUUAACCCAUUGUUUGGAAGGUCUUAUGAGAUUGAAGCUACAUUCCCAAUGGAAUCUCUGCUCACGAUAACAAUCUAUGAUUUCGAUUUGGUUGGAACAGAUGAUUUGAUUGGAUCAACCAAAAUUGAUUUGGAGAAUCGCUUUUACAGCAAAUACAGAGCUACCUGCGGGCUACCGUACAAAUACGAGAUAGAAGGUUACAAUGCCUGGCGUGAUGCCACGAAGCCAACUGGGAUCCUGACCAGAAUGUGCAAAGAAAGCGGGCUCCGUGAACCCUACUUUGGAUCAGGAAAGAUUAAGGUGGAAGGCAAAGUCUUUGUGGGCAGAACAACCUUUAUGGAGGACGAUGAAGAGGUGAUAUCACAUGAACAUCUGGCUUUAAACGUGUUACAUCAAUGGUCAGUGAUUCCUGGGGCUGGAUAUAAAUUGGUUCCUGAACACAUUGAAACACGACCCCUCUACCAUCCGGAUCAACCAGGCAUGGAACAGGGCCGUAUUCGGAUGUGGGUGGACAUGUUUCCAAUGGAUAUGCCUCCUCCUGGGCCUUCUGUUGACAUAUCACCUCGCAAGCCUAAAAGGUACGAACUAAGAAUAAUUAUCUGGAAUACCGAAGAUGUCAUAUUAGAAGAUGAGAAUUUUAUUACAGGUCAAAAAUCAAGUGACAUCUAUAUCAAGGGCUGGCUAAAGGGAAAAGAAGAUGAUAAGAGAGAAACGGAUGUACAUUACAACUCUUUGACUGGGGAGGGAAACUUCAAUUGGCGUUUCAUUUUUCCAUUCAACUACAUCCCUGCAGAGAAACAGAUGGUUAUAAGCAAGAGGGAGUCCAUUUUCUCUCUCGACAAGACUGAACAUAAAGUUCCUGCGGUCCUUGUACUUCAAGUGUGGGAUUUUGAGAGGCUUUCCUCUGAUGACUUCCUAGGAUCUGUGGAACUUGAUCUGAAUGGAUUUCCACGUGGCGCCAAGUCAGCAAAGAAAUGUGACUUGGACAUGAUCGAAGAGAAAUCAAAGACUAAACUUAUUUCAAUAUUUCAGCAAAAACGGCUGCGGGGUUGGUGGCCUUUAGAAAAGUCGGGUGAACUCACUGGUAAAGUUGAAGCUGAAUUCCACCUGCUUACUGGUGAAGAGGCUGAGAAAAAUCCAGUUGGCUCGGGUCGCAGUGAGCCAGAUCCAUUGGAAAAACCCAACCGCCCUGAUACCUCCUUCUCUUGGUUCAUCAACCCUUUCAAGUGCAUCUAUUAUCUGAUCUGGAGGAACUACAAGAAGUACAUCAUUAUUGGACUAAUUUUGAUAAUCCUCACUUUGUUUAUUGUACUGCUGAUCUACACAUUACCUGGUGCAAUAAGUACAAGGAUAAUGAAUGGGUGA